UUAUGGAAACGAGGCCUUCAUAGGACAAGGCCUAAGUUUUUUGAAGAUGGCUACUAUUUUAUUUAUAUUUAAAGUGGCAAUAUUUUGUACAUUCACUCAUACACAGGUUGCUGAAGAUAUUCACACUGAAGAAUUAUUUCUAAAAAGGCUGCAAACCGGGCAUGUCUACACUGUUUCACAAUUUACAACUAUUUCACAGUCGUUCGCCUCUAAAAAAGGCUCACAUUACAAAUUAUUUCCAAAGUCACUUGGACAAAUAGUCAAGAAGUAUGAUGUUGGAGAGAUUCAUUUGUCCUUAUCUCAUGGAAGAUGGAGAUACAAUUUAUGGGGCUACCCUAUGUCAUCAGCACCAUAUGGAGUUGAACUAUGGGUUUGGUUUUCAUCAACUUUAGAUAAUGAUAAGAUUGAUGAAAAGUGGUAUGGGUUGGUGAAUGCUCUUUCUGGUCAGUUUUGUGCGUCUUUGAACUACCUGCGAAAAGGCGUUUCAGCAUCACCACGGUACUCAUUUAGGCCCAUGGGUCUGUGGCACAAAGAUCAAGAGAAUGCUUCAACACAUCUGAGGUAUGCCGUAUUGCCACGAGAAACUGUCUGCACGGAGAACCUCACCCCCUGGAAGAAGCUGCUACCUUGCCAAAGUAAGGCUGGAAUUGCAUCCCUGUUCAAUGCCUUGCAUCUGUAUGAAGCCAGUUAUCAUUCCAUCGCUGUCCAUCUAAGAACAGUUUGCGUGGACGCAAAUUGUUCUUCUCCAUCCACCGAACUGAAACAAACUUUGUCUUCUGUUUAUGAUCCUGAUAUCAAAGGCUUGAGAGAAGUUUGGUCUUUUGGACGAUUGUUUGGUGAAAUUUUGAAAUCUUCUUGUCCUCUUGCGACAAGCAGUAAAAUACUGGUUGCUCUUCCAGACAUCAGCGAAGAGAGCAAGCACAGUCUGAGCCCCAAGCCGACCCAUUACCAGUCCAAAAUGUAUGCUGGUAGAGAAUUUCAUUUUGCAGUUUAUGAUCUGAAGCAUAUGGAUUUACAGGCAGGCCUGGACCUGCGCGGAACUUUCUCAAGUGCCCUUGUCGGAACGAUAAGAGCAUCAACCAUCAAUGCCCACCGUCAUACAACAGGACAUGGGGAAGAAAAAGGAGGCAUUAUAUCGUUGAUAUCAAACGAGCAUCCGAGCAGAGCAGUUAAAAUUCUUUAUUUUGACAUGAUCCCGUGGUAUAUACCAGUUUAUUUGCACUCUUUGGUAGUGUACCGUGGUCAGGAUAUAAUCAAACCCGAUUUGCUUAAAUUUAUACCAGCAAAGGAAAGAGUGAGACCCACAACGAUAGAAAUGGUUCUAACUGUACCCCCAAAAUCAACCCUGAAGCUGUCAUACUCCUUCACGAAGGCAUUUCUAAAAUGGACUGAACACCCCCCAGAUUCGCACCAUGGCUAUUAUAUUGGAUCCGCUGUAAUAAGUACCGUUUUGCCGGACGCAUCGAAUUUGACAGGCACUUCUGAGCGUUGCUCAACAUUGUCUGGAAAUUGCAUUGGACACGAUCCUCUCUUUGUGCGAAUUCACACAGAGUCUAAUCUACUUGUACUACCAACACCAGACUUCAGCAUGCCUUUUAAUGUUAUAUGUUUGUCGUGCACAAUUUUUGCCAUUGGAUUUGGCUCCAUACUCAAUCUAGCAACCAGAAAGUUUGUUGUUGUUAGCAGCAAGAACAGAGUAUCGUUGAAAGAAAGGUUAAAAAGACUUCUUGCAAAAUUAUUUAAAGCAAAAGCGAGUUAAUUUUUGUAAGUUUUAGGUUAACUGUUCAUCGUAUACAUUUUUGUGUUUCUA